AUGAAUAAUAAUUUUAUUAACAAUAAUCAUACCAAUAAAGAACCAAUAGCAGUAGUUGGUAUAGGAUGCAGAUUCCCAGGAAAUGUAAACAAUUACAAUGAUUUUGUUAAAGUGGUUAAAAGCGGUAAAGACUGUUUAACAAAAAUCCCAAGUGAUCGUUGGAAUGCUGACGUUAUCUCAAGAAAACAACCUAAAUUAAAUAAUAGAAUCGGUGGUUUUAUCGAAAAUAUUGACAAGUUUGACAACCAAUUCUUCUCAAUUUCUCCAAAAGAGGCACAAAAUACUGAUCCACAACAAAGAUUGCUAUUACACAUUGUAAUAGAGGCUUUAGAAGAUGCAAAAAUUUCCUUAGAUCAAAUUAAAGGAAAUAAAAUAGGUGUUUUCAUUGGAUCCUCGUCAAGUGAUUAUUUAAGAGGAUUUGACUCUAGUGAAAUUAAUCAAUUUUCAACACCUGGUACCAAUUCAUCAUUUUUAUCAAAUAGAUUAUCUUAUUUCUUAGAUGUGAAUGGGCCAAGUAUUACAGUUAAUACUGCAUGUGCAGCAUCAAUGACUGCAGUACACUUGGGUUUAACUUCAAUAUGGAAUGGUGAGACAAAAUGUAGCAUAGUCGGAGGUGUUAAUAUUAUUUCCUCACCUUUACAAUCUUUAGACUAUGGUAAAGCUGGUUUAUUAAAUACAGAAAUCGAUGGUAGAUGCUAUAGUUUCGAUCCAAGAGCCAGUGGUUAUGUAAGAGCUGAAGGUGGUGGUAUAUUAGUAUUGAAACCAUUGUCACAAGCAAUUGAAGAUAAAGAUGAAAUUUAUUCAUUAUUUCUAAAUUCAGGUAAUAAUAGUAAUGGUAAAACUCCAAGCGGUAUAACAUCGCCAAGAGCAAGUUGUCAAGAAAGUCUCAUUGGAUCAUUAAUCAAAGAGUCAAAUAUCGAUUUUAAUAAAAUUGGUUAUUUUGAAUGUCAUGGUACAGGAACUGAAAUGGGUGACUCUAAUGAAAUGUCUGCAAUCGGUAAUAGUAUAGGUCUAAAUAAAAGCUCACCAUUAAUAAUUGGUUCGGUUAAAUCGGGUAUUGGCCAUUUAGAGGGUGCAUCUGGUAUUUGCGGUAUUAUUAAAACAAUUGCAUGUAUCAAAGAAAAGUUUUUACCACCUCAAUGUAAAUUUAGCGGGUAUAACCCAAAGAUUCCAUUUGAACAGUUGAAUUUAAAAGUUUUAACAUCAUGUCAAGAAUGGAACGAUAUUGAAAGAAUCGCUGGUGUUAAUUCAUUUGGUGUUGGUGGCUCAAAUGCAAAUGUAUUUUUAUCUUCUUUCGAACCAAACAACUAUAUCGAUAGUACAAGCUUUUCCCCAUUAUCAAAUUCAACUACACCUUUAUUUUCAUCAUCAUCAUCUCCUUUAUUGUCAUCAACUUCAUCUACUCUUACAACAUUUGAAAGUGAAAGCGAUACAAGUUCAAAUAUUACACCCCGUCCAAAUGAAAGUAUAAAUACAUUUGAUAUUGUAACUUUGUCAGUAACUUCCCAAGAUAAAAAUGAUUUAAAGGAUAGAGUUAAUGAUGUAUUAAAUGAAAUCACCAAAUUAGAAGAGUCCAAUUCUUCAAAAGAUUUUUUUAAAAAUAUUUGUUAUUCAACAACAAAUAGAGUAAGCCACUUUUCAAAUAGACUUGUGAUUUUGGCCAGUGAUUUAAAUGACUUCAAAGUAAAAGCAAAAUCAUUUUUAAAUGAUCAAAUUGACCCAUCAAAUAAAAGUACAAUUUAUCACUCUGAAAACUAUCAAAAAAUGGAUAAAAAGAAACUAGGUUUUAUAUUCUCUGGCCAAGGUCAACAAUGGAAUUUAAUGGGAAAUGAUUUAUAUUUAAAUAAUAAAACAUUCAAGAGAGAAAUGAACAAAUUCAGUUCCCUUUUCCAAGCAGUUUCUGGUUGGUCUAUAGUUGAAAAACUUUAUGAAAAACCAGUUUCAGUCGAUACAAUUCAUGAAACUUGGUUAGCACAACCUUCGAUUGCAGCCGUUCAAUAUUCUUUAUCUAUUGUACUUAGAGAAUUGGGUAUUGAGCCAUCAUUAACCAUCGGGCACUCAUUGGGUGAAAUGCCAGCUGCUUAUUUUGCUGGAGUUAUUUCGUUAGAAGAUAUGGUAAAACUCUUGUGGUUACGUAGUCAUUUACAAAACAAGACCUCUGGCACUGGUAGAAUGGAAGUAAUAAUUUCAUCUAGAGAAGAUGUAGAAUCAUUAAUUUUUAAACAUGGAUUCUUUGGUAAAAUAUCAAUAUGUGGUAAUAACUCUGCCAAAGGUUGUGCAGUUGCUGGUGACAACCAUUCAAUGGAUGAAUUCUCAACAGUUUUAACUAAAGAAAAUUUGGUACACAGAGAAAUUCGUACAAAUGCUGCUUUCCACUCUUACCUAAUGGACCCAAUCAAAGAAGAGUUUUAUAAAUUAUUCCCCAGUGAUAUUGAAACAAAAGAAUCGUUGAUCCCAUUUUAUUCAACUACAUAUGGAAGAUUCUUUACAUCAACCGAGUGUAAAGAAAUUCUUUUAUCACCAGACUAUUGGUGGAAAAACAUCCGUGAAGCAGUACUCUUUAAAGAAUCAAUGGACUCAAUUUUAAAGAACAAUGUUGUAAAUGGUUUUGUUGAAAUUUCUUCACAUCCAAUUGUUUCUUAUUUUACAAAUCAAUUAAUUAAAUCUAAUAACUCAAAAGUUCUUUUGUUUCAAACCCUUUCUAAAGACACCAACCCAAUGGAUUGUAUUGUAACCCUACUUUCAAAACUUUAUAUAUCUGGUAUUGAUAUCAAAUGGGAGACUCUCUAUGAACCAAGACACUAUUGCGCUAUUAAACUACCACCAAGAAAAUGGAGAUUAGAUUCAUUCUGGAUGGAAAAUAAUCAAAAAAAAAUUGAUAGAAUUAACCCACCAAAAUUUUCAUCAUUAGAAAAGAGACUAUUCUCAGUUACCCCAUCAUUUGAAGUUAGAUUAAAUCAAGAACGUUUCAAAUACCUCAAUGACCAUAAAAUUCAAGGGAUACCAAUUGUACCAUUUGCUUUCUUUGUUGAACUGGUUUAUUCAUCUAUUGCAGAUCUCCAAGUUAAUCAAUCAUUUGAAAUUAAGGAUUUUGAAAUUACCUCAGCAAUAACAAUCGAUAGUAAAAUGUCAAAUAUUAUUGGUGUAAACUUCAAUUCUGAUGCUACAAUGUUUGAAAUUGGUAGUGUUCAAUCAACUUUACCAACUCAAAAAUGGAAUAUUCAUGCUCGUGGUACAAUUAUUUAUGGAUCAGACUACUUAAAAUCAAGUAAAUUCAACUAUUCAAAACUAUCAUCGAUUCAAGGUGUAAAAUCAUUCAACAACUCUGAUGAAUUUUAUAAUGAAAUACUAGAGUAUCAAUAUGAAUAUGGACCAUCUUUUAGAUCACUUAAAAAGGCCACUUUAAUAGAUGAGAACACUCAGUACUCAUACCUAGAACUUAAUAAAUGUAAAGAACUUUCAACACAUCUUUCAUGUGACUUUAGAGGUAUUCAUCCAAGUCUUUUUGAUGCUAUCCUCCAAUCAGCCUUUAUUCCAGCAUGCAAUAAAGAAAAAGGUCUUUGGUUACCAACCAAAAUAGGUUCAUAUUCAUUAAACCUACCUUCUUUAGAGAAUCAAUUUAUUGAUAUCAAUAGCCCACUUCAUUGCUUAUCAAAAGUUAACUCUUUCCCAACAUUCAACUCUUUCUCAACAAGUGUUCAAAUCUUUGAUAGUAAUGGUAUAAUUAUUGCAGAAAUAAAAGAUUUACAAAUGAAAUUGGUUUCCAAAGUUAACCAUACUAGUAACAAGACAACAACAAUUGAAAAAUCACACUCAAAUUUAAAAAAUGAAAAUGAAAGUCAAGCAAUAUCUAUUUUAUCAGAAUAUCAAUGGAACAAAGAUGAAAUUUCAAUUUCUACACCAAUAAAAUAUACAGACUCUUACCAAACUAUUAUAUUUUGUUCAACAAACUUAAACAAUAACCCAUUAUUAGACUCAACCAUCAAAAGCUUAAUAGAUAAUGGCCACGAUGAAGAUAAAAUCUUCAUAGUUUCACCUCCACCAAAUGAAAAUGAUCAAUAUAACAAUAGAAUAAUUAUAAACUAUACAGAUAAUGAAUCUGAUUAUGACGGAUUAUUUGCUAUUAUUAAUAACAAAGGUUUAUCAAUUACAAACUUCAUUCUAUUACCAAACUUCUAUACAUCCUCUUCAGAAACUCAAUCAAAAGAAUUUGACAACUAUGAUAAUCAAAAAGAUCCUGAAACUUUGUUAUUGUUUAAAAGAUCAAACAUUUCAAUUUUAAAUUUAGAAAAAUCAAUUAUUAAAAAUAAUUUAAAAGGUAGAUUCUUUUUGAUCACAGAAGGAGCCCAAAGUGUAUUCCAAGAAACAAAUAACGAAAAAAUCAAUUUGGAUCAAUAUCAAACUAUUGGUUUAGCUCGUGUAUUCUCUAAUGAAUAUCCAUUAAUGGAAUGUUCAAUGAUUGAUAUUGAAAAAGAUACAGAUUGUAACCUAGUCACUCAACAAAUCAACUCUACUCAACUAUAUAAAUGGGAGGUAGCAUACAGAAAGAAUCAAGUUUAUAGCUAUAAACUAACCUCAAUCCAUGGUAAUAAAAACCAAUCAAAAAAUACAAUAGACCGUUCAAACAAUUACUAUAGGGUUGAACUAUCUGAUAAAGGUGUAAUUUCAGAUUUAGUUAUUAAACAAGUCAAACAAUUAACAUGCAAACCAAAUCAAGUCCAAGUUAGAGUUAAAUAUUGUUCAUUAAACUUCAGAGAUAUUUUAAAAUCACUGGGAAGAGAUUAUGAUUCAAUUCAUUUAUCAACAAUGGGUGAUGAAUUCUCGGGCAUUGUAACUGAAAUUGGCAAUGAAGUAACUCACUUAAAAGUAGGUCAAAGAGUGUUUGGUAUUAAUAUGUCUAGAUCAAUGGGUUCUUUUGUAACAUGCGAUGCUGAUCUCGUAUUUCCAAUCUCAAAUUUAACUGAAGAAGGGGCCUGUACAAUUCCAAUUGUAUUUUUAACCUCUUGGUAUAGUUUAGUUGUUCAAGGUAGACUAAAAAAAAAUGAAAAAGUACUUAUUCAUUCUGCAUGUGGAGGUGUUGGUUUAGCAUCCAUUCAAAUUGCUCAAUAUAUUGGUGCAGAAAUAUUUGCAACUGUUGGUAGCAAUGAUAAAAAAGAAUAUUUGGUUAAGAAUUUCGGUAUUGAUCCUUCUAAAAUUUAUUCAUCAAGAUCGCUUAAUUUCUAUAACGAAAUUAUGAAUUCUACCAGUGGUGAGGGAGUGGAUGUAGUUUUAAACUCACUAUCUGGUGAAUAUUUAGAAAAAAGUAUUCAAACAUUAUCAAAUUACGGCAGAUUUGUAGAAAUUGGUAAAAAAGAUAUAUAUUCCAACUCAAAAAUUGGUCUCCUACCUUUCAGAAAUAACUUAUCAUUUUUAGCCGUUGAUAUUGCUCAAAUGACAGAGAACAAGCGAUCAUUUUUAGCUGAAAUGAUGAUAAAUGAUAUUUUGCCAUUAUUCAAACAAGGUUUACUUAAAGCUUUAGAUCAAACUAUAUUUGAAAACUACAAUAUAGUAAAAGCUAUUAGAUUUAUGUCUGCAGGAAAUCAUAUUGGUAAAAUACUAAUCAACUGGGAUGAUAUGAUUAACGAAAAAUUAAAAACUAUUGACUUUUCAAAUCAAAUGUUUAAAGCUAAUGCUACCUAUAUUUUCACUGGAACAGGUGGGCUAACUCAAAUUUUAUUAAAAGAUUUUGCUGUCAACUCUGAAAUUAAAAAUGUUGUAUUGGUUUCAAUUAAUGGAAUUUCAAACCACCCAAACAAAGUCAAAUUGAUUAAUCAACUCGAAGAAAACAAUGUUAAUGUUAUAGUAGAGAAAUGUGAUUUAGUUUCAAGUCAUAAUGUAGAAAAACUAUUUAGCAAAUUAAUAAAUGAAUACCCUCAACUACCACCAAUAAAAGGCAUAUUCCAUUUCGCAUCUUUAGUUAGUGAUAGAAAGAUUCCAAACCAUACAAAUGACUCAUUUUUACCAAUGUAUAACAGUAAAGCUUUAUCAGCUUGGAAUUUACACAACCAAUCAUUAAUCCAUAAUUUAGAGUUGGACCAUUUUGUUACUGUAGGGUCACUUGUAACUGUUCUAGGAAAUAUUGGUCUUAGUAAUUAUUGUGCUGCCAAUAAAUUUGUUGAAGGUUUAACAAAUUUACGUUAUUCUAUGGGUCUAAAUGCAACAUGUAUACAUUUAACAUCAAUUCCAGAAGUUGGUAUGGCAUCAAAUGAUCGUGUAAUCAACCUUUUAAAAUCUAUAGGAGUUAUGCCAUAUGAAAACCUAUCAAUUUUGGUUUCUGGUAUCAAUUAUAUUAUGAAAACAAAUACAAGAUCAAUUAAAAUAUUUGGAGAAGCCAUUAUGGAUAGAUUUAUCAAAUCUGUUAAAGUUUAUAGAGGCAAAGAGUGUUUUGAAGAACUUAAUAUCGAAACUGCUAAAGAUAACAAAGAAAUUAGCUUUUCAUCCUUUGACAAUGACAAUAUGGGAGAUUUACCAGAAGAUGAAGAUAUCAAUAAUGAAUCACAAGAAGAAAUAGAUGGAGAUGAAGAAUAUAUUAUCUCAAAGCUUAGAAACAUAGUAUGCGAUAUUAUAGAGAUAAGACAAGAAGAUUUAAUUAAUAAUGUCUCAUUUAAUAACUAUGGUAUUGAUUCUUUAUUAUCAUCUGAAUUAUCAAACUCAAUUCAAAAAAUCUUCAAUGUUCUAAUUCCAAGUUUAACAUUAGUUGAUAACUCAAAUAUCCAAACUGCAGCUGGAUUAAUAAAAUCAAAAUUAGAGAGUAGUAAUAUAAGUUUAAAUAAGAAAAAGAAUAAAAUGGAACCAAAAAAGAACAAUAAUCAAAGUAAAGAUUCAAUUAAAAAAGUUAUUUCAAAAAUUCAAGAAAAAGAAUUCAUAAACCAAAAUUUAAUUCCAAAUAAAUCCCCUUCAAGCAAAAAUGAUAUAAAACCAUUAAUUUUGGAUAGUAUUCAGGAUAAACUUAAAUUAAGCUCUAAAGAACUAAUGACAUCACCACCACCAAGUGCCAAAAGAGAAAACAAAACCGAAACUUCAGUCCCAUCACAAUCUCAUAUUUUAUCAUUAAAUAACCAACAACAACAUGACUUUAGUGAUCCAAACUCAUUAGCUACUGUAUUAUAUGAAAUUUCACCUGUUGCUGCCCCUCAUCAUCGUUAUCAAAAAGAUGUUUUGAAUGAAAUUUUAGAAUUAACAGAAGAAAAAGAAUUUAUUAGUAAUAUUUAUGAUAAAUGCAAAAUCAAUUCAAGAUACUGCUUUAAUAAUCAAUUAACAAUGGCAGAACUUAAUGAAAUAGAUGCUGGUCAAAGAGUUAAAAUAUUUAAAGAAGCCACAUACCAAACAGUUGUUAAGGCUGGUGAAAGUGUUAUCAAGAAAGCUGGUAUAGAUCCUUUAUUAAUCAGUCAUGUUGUUGGUGUCACAAGUACUGGUAUUAUGGCUCCAUCCAUUGACGUCAUACUAAUUGAUCGUUUAGGUCUCAGUAAGAAUACAAGUAGAACAAUGAUAAAUUUUAUGGGUUGUGGUGCAUCAAUCAACAGUAUGAGAGCUGCAAGUGCUUAUGCUAGAUCUCGUCCAGGUACAUUUGUUUUAGUUGUAGCCGUUGAAAGCUCAUCAACAUGUAUGAAAUUUGACUUUGGAAAACGUAGUGACUUAAUUUCUCAAUGUAUUUUCACAGAUGGGUGUGUUGGUACAUUAAUCACUUGCCAACCUAGAUUAACCAUGAAAAACAAAAUGGAAAUAAUCGAUGACAUGUCAUACCUCAUGCCAGACUCAAGAGAUGCUCUCACACUAUUCAUGUCAUCAAGUGGACUCGAUCUAGAUCUCCGACCAGAGCUACCAUUAGCAAUUAAUAGAUACAUCAAACAAGCUUUUGAUGAAUUUUUAGAUAAAAACCAAUUGGAACUUAAAGACUUGGAAUUCUUUGCAACUCAUCCUGGUGGGGUUAAAAUUAUCAGUGCAGUUCAUGAAGGCUUAGGUUUGUCGCCAGAAGAUUUAUCAGAUUCUUACGAAGUCAUGAAAAGAUAUGGAAAUAUGGUUGGUGUUUCAACUUAUUAUGUAUUGCGUAGGAUUUUAGAUAAAAACAAUGCAUUACUAGAAGAAGGAUCAAUUGGUUACAAGUAUGGUAUAGCUUUAGCUUUUUCCCCUGGUGCAUCAAUCGAAGCUGUUUUAUUUAAAUUGGUUGAAUAG